CUGAGAUUUUCCCGCAAAAUCCGUUUCCGAGUUGAGGAAAUUUCAGUUUUGGCUCUGGAAAUGCAAGACAUACACUCGAUCGCCGGAGGAAGUCGCUUGUUCGGCGGCGCUGGCGGCGGAGACCGUCGUCUACGGCCACAUCUCCACCACCAUCAAAACCACCAAGCCUUGAAGUGUCCAAGGUGUGAUUCUCUCAAUACCAAGUUUUGUUAUUAUAAUAAUUAUAAUCUCUCUCAGCCACGUCACUUCUGCAAGAACUGCCGUCGUUACUGGACGAAAGGCGGGGUCCUCCGUAACGUCCCCGUCGGCGGUGGCUGCCGGAAAACCAAACGCUCCUCCUCUUCUAAGUCUAAAUCGAACUCAGACGCAGCGGCGACUCCUCCUCCACCUCCUCUCCGUGAACGCAAAUCCACUUCUCAUUCCAGUAGCGAGAGUUCCAGUUUGACCGCCACCACUACUACCGCUGCCGCAGCGGCGGCAGCGGCAGCGACUGAGGCCGUGUCGGCUCCGUCGUCUAAUUCGGCAUCGACUUUAUUGAACGUACAGGAUACGAAAUUGUUCCCUGGUCCGGCUACAAAUACAAACCCUAAUUUUGAAAGUACGGCCGCGGGGAUUUCGGACUGCGGAAUUUUCUCGGAAAUUGGAAGCUUCACGAGCUUGAUCACAUCGUCUAACGAGACAUUGGCGUUUGGAUUCGGUAACAUGGCGGACGUGACGGCGUUUGCGAUGAAUAAUCAUCAGCAGUUUCAAAAUCAAGCGGCGAAUCAGUGGCCGCCGCCGCAGAGAAUGAUGAACGUUAGCGAUGAACUGAAGAUGCAGGAGAUCACAGACGGCGGAGGAGGAGGGUAUUUGGAUCAGACGGCUCAGGUAGAUCCGUCAGGGCUUCAGAAUAGCAGAUCAAACAACAUUGGAUUUGGGCCGUUGGAUUGGCAAUCAAACGGUGAUCAUCAAGUUCUGUUUGAUCUUCCCAACGCCGUUGAUCAAGCAUACUGGAGUCAAAAUCAAUGGAAUGAUCAAGACCAGGCUAAUCUGUACCUUCCGUAAAUCACUCGAGAGAUCACAGACAGGACUUUCUUAGCCCCACCACCUCCGUUUUCUUUUCUCUCUCUCUCUCUCUCUCUCUCUCUCUCUUUUUUUAAAUUUUAUUUUUAAAAUUUUCCUAAUUUUAGUAUAAAAUUAAAGAAAUAUCUCUCAAUGAAAGGAAAAAAAA